ACGUGACCAGCGGGUUCGUGUGGCGCGCUGUCCUGUCCUGCAUAGCCGUGUUGCACAGCGGACUCCUGUGCGCACGGGUGCAUGCGUGUGGAUUGAUGCUCUCUCUGCACUCCGAUACAGUGUUCUCGUGUGCUGGCUCUAAACUUCAACUACACAAAGCUACAAUAGACAUACGCCUAGUUGUGAGAUGAAAGAUGGAGCUCUCAGCGGCGGGGGAUCGUAUUUUCGCCGCUGAAGCAAUUCUCAAGCGGCGCGUCCGUAAGGGAAGACUGGAAUACCUGGUCAAAUGGAAGGGCUGGGCAAUGAAACACAGCACGUGGGAGCCAGAGGAGAACAUCCUGGACGACAGACUCAUCCUGGGCUUUGAGCAGAAGGAACGUGAGCGGGAUAUGAAUGGACCCAAGAAACGUGGUCCAAAACCCAAGAAUGUUGUUUUGAAGACUCGUGCUCCAAGAGGAGAGGCCAGUGGGUGCUCUACCCCUCCCACUGCACCCUCUGGGCCCACACCCUCUCCUAAACUGCACUCCCUGGCUGCCACUCACAAGCUGAAGAAGGACAUCCACCGUUGCCACCGCAUGUCUCGCCGCCCACUGCCUUCCAUGUCUCCAGCCCUGUCCUCCGCCGGGGGGGUACGCUCACGCCCUCAUGUGUCCCCCUUUUCUGAGACUGUUCGCAUCCUCAACCGCAGAGUCAAGCCCCGUGAGGUCAAGAGGGGCCGCAUUAUUCUCAACCUGAAGGUCAUCGAUAAGGCCGGCCGUGGGGGUGGGGCUGCAGGCUCCAGGGGCCUCUCCACUGGACGCCACAACAUCCCAUCCCGCAACCGCAUCAUCAAGAAGGGAGACGCUCCCUACAAGCCUUUCCAGUCGCCCUUUAAAAUGCUCGGAUUCCCAAUGUAUGGGAAGCCUUUUGGGCUGCAGUGUGGAGGUUCUUUCCCAUCUGAGCCAGGGCCCUUCUCCUACUCCACCAUACCGAGCCAGGCCACACCAAGUCAGUCCAUACCGAGCCAGGCUACACUGAGCCAGGAUGCUCCCAGCCAGGCUCUUUUACAAAGAGGCUCUGAGAAGCAGGUUUUCCCAGCACAGUGCUCUGAGGACCAGGCAGAGGAUGUUACCUUGUCAGCAGGACUUGUCCCAGCCAAGGGAUCAGAGCAGGGGAGUGAGGGCCCACCCAAGGGUGCUUCUAGAUGGCACCCUCAAUUGGCUCCAAGCUGCAAAGACGUAGUAGUAACAGAUGUGACCACUAACUUAGUCACAGUUACCAUUAAAGAGUUCCCCUCCCCCUCCGACAGUCCCGACAGCAGCGCUGACACACCCCAGCCCAAGCAAUAGAACUGAAGGAUCACUCCAAAUGUCCACAUCAUGAAGUCCUUUAACUUAAUGUUAUUGUUGUGUCUGGACUCAGAUAGAAUAAAGCAACAACAUAAAGUCAGACGUAAACUUAAAAUAUGCCUUAAGGCUGCACAAUGUGAUGAAAAUAUCUAUUUUUUCCUAAAUAAUAAUUCAUAUUAUCACCAGGACAACCAUGUCUCAGAGGCUUAACUAUGGUCUAUUUGACAACAUGAGUCUGGAGAUGACUUGGUUCACUAAUGUUAGGACAUUAGCUUUAGAGAAUGCCCCUUGGCAGAAACCACAUUUGGCCAUUUCAAAUCUGAGUACAAUUGUGGGAAGGUUAUCCAUAUCAAAACCAUUAAAAUAAUGUUGGUGAAGUAGUAAUAAAUGCCACUGUAAUGCAUAUGUUUGGUGCCUGGAUAUUUGUGUUUUGAACUGAAUGGGUACUGUCAUGUUAUGUCUGUGCUGUUGAACACAGCCUGUAUCGUCAUUAAGAAUGUUUUUGGCCACAGCAACUCAACAAGAUAGACUGAUGCACUGACAUUUCAAUAAUGAAUUUGUUUUUGAAGACUUUUUAUAUAUUUUGAAGCUCCUCUGUGAUCUGAAUGUGCAGCUGAGUGUGCUCACUUAACUGUUUACAGAAAUGUUUUAGCUGAUAUGAAUUCCCAAUAUCUCGGCUUGACAUUGAUACAGGCUAAAGGUGUAGAAUGGUGGUUCUCAAGACUUUUCACAAGAAGCACUCCAA